UGGGACUGCAAACAUCCUUGAGUUAAAAUGAGUUCAACAAGAUCACGGGGACACAGCUGGAGACUCGUGAAAGGUGAAUUUCAUAUAAACUUUAGGAAGUUUUCCCACACAUAGGGAAACCAUAGACACUUGGAAUAAGUGACCAAGUAGUGUGGUAGACAAUAGGACUUUAGGGACCUUCAAAACUGGACUUGAUGUUAUUUUAGAAGAAUUAAAUGAAUAGGAUGAGCCAUCUUUAUUGGGCUCUAAUCUAGACUGUAUUUAUGUUCUGGGACCGAAGAAGUCACUUGAAUGAGUGACCACACGUUUCAUUCAACAAACACCAGUCCAGUUAAACUGAACAAAGAAGGUCUGCAGUAGUGCCACCCUGGAAAACAGAGAGGUGGACAGAAACAUUAACUUGAAUUUAAUUUUCAGCCUAAAGAUCCAUUCAUCCAUCAUCAAACUUGACUAAUCCAGUUUAGGGCUGUGAGGGGACCGGUGCUCAUCUAGUAACAUAGGUAAACAUUAAUCAUUAAGUUCAUCAUAACCAUCAUUGUCAUUUUAAAUCCUGAAUAAUCCAUUUUAGGGUCUCAAGGGACUGAAGCCAAUCCUGAUAGCACAGGGUGCAAGGCUGGAACCAGUGCUGGGCAGCAUGACUGUCCUACAGGGAGCCUAACUAUCGAGUUGGAUUGGUUUAUUUAUUUUUAAACGUUUAUAUAAAACCCUCCGCCCGUACAGUAGAUGGUAGUGUUUACUGAUUGAGAGGAACUUUUCUAGCAUGUCGCUUGUUGAUGACUCGUUUUGUUUCUCUUUGUUUAAUUCCUAUGGCGGGCUGCUCCGGCUUCCUUACGGGACUUAUGUUCACUUCUGAGACAAAAUCGAGAAGACGAAGAUGAUGAAGAAAGAGAGAAAGUGCGUUGAGCGAGAGAAGGAAUGACGGUAAAACUGAACCUCCUUGACCCUUCACGUGGUCAUGCAGUGAAGUGUCUAAUGGCCUCCAGACCAGGGUCAUCCAUGUGAGAAGGGGAUCUUAGAAUUAAAGAGCGCUUUGGUUCAGAGAAGAGUUUUACACAGAAUAUGGCCUCGGCCAAACAUGAAGGCAUGGAUGAAAGAUUGGCACAUAUUAAACAAGAGGAUUGUGAGAGGGCUGCACCAGUGGAACUGUAUGUAAAGUCGGAGGAUUGGGAAGGAAGAAUUUCCACUCUUAAAGAGGAGGAGCCCGAGGGAGAGACUGUCAAAAUUAAAGUUGAGGAUUCAGAAGAUUUUUCAGUUGGUCUUGAAAUGCAAAACCAUGACGAUGGGAAUAUUCUAAAGUGGGAUAUUUGUGAAGAGUCUCUUUCUGAUUUACAGCCCUGGUUCACUAAUGCGGGACGUCUGCCUUCUAAGCAGCAUUCUACGAAGGUGAAAUCAGAGUUAUCUGACUCUGAAGAGAAAAUCAGUGAAGGAAAUAGGAAAAAAGAAGAGCAGCCAUCAUCUAGGAGAGUGGGAAUAAAUUUCCAGGAGGAUGGCAGCUUCUAUGCGUCCUCAUUUGCUGAGACUUCUCUUCGGUGCAGACAGCAACACAGACAGGACAAGGAGAAGAUCAAGAAAUCAACAAGAGGAUCAAAGAAUCUGACAGUGGCCAGUUUGGAGUGCAAUUCUUCUCCUACUGUCAGACAUGCAAAGACAGAAGCCAUCAACACUGACCAACAAAAAGUGCAUAGUACCGAUCAAGGGGCUCAGUAUGUGUACAGAGAAUGCAGAAAAAGGUUAAAAAAUACUCCUGACUGCAAAGAGCAUAAGUCAGUUCAUAUGAGACAGACGUCAUUUGCCUGUGGGAGAAUGUUCUCAGAUAAGCAAAAUCUUCACAACCACAAAAUAAUACACAAAGAAAAGAAACCCCAUUGCUGUUCAGAAUGUGGCAAACGAUUUUCGCAAGUAAGCCAUCUGUAUAGGCACACAAGAAUCCACACUGGCGAAAAACCUUACUGUUGUUCUGAAUGUGGCAAACGAUAUGCCGACAGUAGUGCUCUUCAGAGUCAUACAAGACUUCAUACUGGAGAGAAGCCAUAUUGCUGUUCUGAAUGUAACAAAAAAUUCUCCCGUAACAGCAGUCUUCACAGACAUAAAAAACUUCACACAGCAGAAAAACCUCAUUGUUGUUCUGAAUGUGGGAAGAGAUUCAUAAAAAUAUUCAAACUUCAACAACACAUGAGAAUUCAUACUAGAGAGAAACUGUGUUGCCCUGAAUGUGGUAAACAUUUUUCAGGCAGGAGUGGUCUCUAUAGUCAUAAAAGAAUUCACACUGGUGAGAAACCAUAUUGCUGUUCAGAAUGUGACAAGCGAUUCUCAGACAGUGGCAGUCGUAACAAGCACAUGAGUACCCACACUGGAGAGAAACCCUAUUGCUGUCCAGAAUGUGACAAACGAUUCACACGGAAAUACAGUCUUCGGAAGCAUGCAAGAAUACACACUGGAGAAAAACCCUAUUGUUGCUCUGAAUGUGGACAGCGUUUCUCUGACAGUGGCAUGCUUCAAAGACAUGUAAGAAUUCAUACUGGAGAAAAACCAUAUUUGUGCUCUGAAUGUGGCAAAGGAUUCAGUGGUAACAGCAGUCUUCUGAAACACAUAAGAACUCACACCAGACAGAGGGAAAGAGACUUUGCUGCAAAUUUAAGGGAAUACAAGCUGUCGUAGUUAGAAAUGGGAUGAUUACAGGUUUUUACAAUUAACUGUGGUAAAAUUUCCAACCGUUAUCACACCAUUUCAUAUUUUAUUUAUCAAGAUUACUGUGUUUUUAUCAAAUGUUUACCAAAA